AUGGCUACCUUUGGCGUAGGGCAACACCGACUGUUGCUGGGGUUGCUGUUGAUGGUUGGACAGGAUUUUUCCACCCGGCACGUGCUCGCUGAUGACUCGCCGAGACGGGACGCGAACUAUCCACCCCCGGAGUUGCUGGAAAAGAUGAAACUGAUGCACGAUGCGUGCGUAACCGAGACGGGCGUCUCCGAGGACGCUAUCAAGCGGUUCAGCGAUCAGGACAUCCACGAGGACGACGCGCUCAAGUGCUACAUGAAUUGUCUGUUCCAGCAGGCGGGCGCCGUGAACGAUAAGGGCGAGUUUCACUACGUCAAGAUACAGGACUUUCUGCCCGAGUCGAUGCACCUGAUCACGCUCAACUGGUUCAAGCGGUGCCUGUACCCGGUGGGUGAGACCGCCUGCGAGAAGGCGUUCUGGUUGAACAGCUGCUGGAAGGCGAAGGAUCCGGUGCACUACUUCCUGCCGUAA